AUGCGAGCUACAUGUAAUCGAAAGUCUCAAGUGAAAAAACAGCCGCUCCCUCACUUUCAUAAUCUGCCCAUCAAGGCGACCCUCAAGGCACACGUGCUUAACAAUGUUAUAUUGGCCCAUCCCCGAAUAAUACGAUGCAGAUUCCCAUUCCAUUAUUCUGAGUUCCAACGACAAUAUAACAGAGUAGAAUCCUUGAUUCCGUGGUGUCAUGUGGUUGGUCCCUUCCCCGGUUUGCAACAAGGCGUGGAGGACCACCUUACGGAAGAUCUCCAUUCACUGACCUGGCUCCAGCGGGGUGACCUAAUUCCACUUACUCCAAUCGACAGAGAUGCAAAGGAAAGUGACUAUGCAAAUAAUCGGAAAUCCCACUUCGGCUUCUUUUCAUACGCCCAGAUGGCCUUCCUGGCCAUCGAAGCGGUCCCAAGGAAGGCGUGUACCCUUAUGGAGAUUGUUUUCUGGUGCAUGCAGAAUUUUCCUGAUGAAAUCAGCGUCGACUCUUGGAAACUUCAUAUGAAACAUAUACUGGUGUCUGAUCAGGCAUUUAGUUUGCAAACAUUCAAUUCAUUUUCCAAUGGGGUGCAUCACUACGACUCUCUUUGGACAUGCGUACCGGAGCACCGAGACCACCUGCUUCAAUCCCUCCGCCACAUAAUGCAACAGCGAAACUAUACAGUCCCUCCUGGGGUAGAGAAUCUCCUUCAGGUGAAUCCCAUCAUAAAGGAUUUUCAAGUGACUCCGUUCAAUAUGGCACCACGCGUACGUACUAGCAAUUCUGCGUUGGAAUUUUUUGAUAUGGGUGUUCGAUUUUUGGAUAUAGUGAAACCGUUUUGUGCUAUCCUACCUGAGAUCGCUCGACCAGAGCGCAAAAUUCAGUUCAGAGAACGUGUGCUAUGGACAGGAAUAACCCUAAUGAUAUUCCUGUUCUGUUGUCAAAUUCCUCUUUUUGGAAUAAUGUCAUCCGAAUCAGCUGAUCCUCUUUACUGGCUUCGAGUUAUAUCCGCUUCAAAUAAGGGAACUCUCAUGGAACUUGGCAUUUCUCCUAUUAUUACAUCUGGUCUUAUAAUGCAAGUUUUGGCUGGAAUCCAGGCUCUUCAGGUUGGUGAUGCUCCGAAAGAUAGAGCACUUUUCAACGGAGCCCAAAAAUGUAUGAUUUUGAUGUACUUACUGACGUAUUUAGUGUUUGGUAUGGUUAUCACUGUCGGUCAAGCGUCUGUGUAUGUGAUGUCCGGGAUCUAUGGUCCUCCUAGCGAGUUGGGCGCUGGUAUCUGUCUUUUGAUAAUCUUGCAAUUAACUUUUGCGGGUCUUCUCGUCCUAAUGUUGGACGAAUUGCUCCAAAAGGGUUAUGGUCUUGGCUCGGGCAUUUCACUCUUUAUCGCUACCAAUAUAUGUGAGACCAUCAUUUGGAAGGCUUUCAGUCCUAUCACUAUAAAUACCGGAAGAGGAACUGAAUUUGAGGGUGCCGUCAUUGCUCUCUUCCAAUUGCUAGCAACUAGAACCGACAAAGUUCGAGCUUUGAGAGAAGCCUUCUACCGUCAAAAUCUACCCAAUUUGAUGAAUCUCAUGGCUACUGUUUUGGUAUUUGCUGUAGUUAUCUACUUCCAAAGUUUUCGCGUUGAAAUAGCCGUAAAGUCCAUUCGUUAUCGUGGUCAAACUACAUCCUAUCCUAUUAAGCUAUUCUACACAAGCAAUGCACCUAUUAUGCUACAAAGUGCUCUUGUGUCCAACCUCUACGUUAUCUCUCAGAUGUUAUCUAGCAAAUUCCGUGGGAAUUUUUUGGUAAACCUUCUCGGUAUUUGGUCCGAUGGUGAAGGCGGCACGCGCUCGGCUCCCAUUGGUGGUUUAUGUUACUACAUGACUCCACCGGAUUCUUUUUCGCAAAUGCUUAUGGAUCCUAUCCACGGCAUUAUUUAUAUCGCAUUCAUGCUUGGAAGUUGUGCCUUCUUCAGCAAGAUCUGGAUCGAUGUGUCCAACUCCAGUGCCAAAGAUGUUGCCAAACAAUUGAAGGAACAGCAGACUGUCAUUCCUGGCCACCGCGAGGAAUCCAUGGUCCACGAACUUAAUCGACACAUCCCCACCGCCGCUGCUCUUGGUGGCCUUUGGAUUGGAGCUCUUUCUGUCUGCGCCGAUUUCCUUGUCUGUUGGGGGCACCAUAAUGCCGGCUCGGAUCAAUCAGAUGAUAUGCGAGCAUGUGAGUACCCGGUUGUUCAUCGCGGUGCUUGCUUCAUAGGGAUGGAUGCCAGUCUACUCGGCAAGAGUGCCCUGGUUACAGGUGCAAGUUCGGGUAUCGGACGCGCUACGGCUGUUCUAUUUGCAAAACUAGGUGCCGGUGUGUCCCUGGUGGGUCGCAAUGAGGUCAAUCUUGAGAAGACUCGCCAAAUAUGUCAAGAUGCUUCUCCAAAUCCUGAAGCCUAUUUUCACGUAGUCAGGGCAGACCUCGCUGAGCUGGAUCAGGUUUCAGGCGCCUUUAAUGAAACUAUAAAGCACUUUGGCAAAUUGGACAUCCUGGUAAACAAUGCUGGUUUCCAACUGAGAGACAGUGUUGAGAACUUUGACCCAGUCGCCUACGAGCGCCUUAUGAAUGUGAAUGUGCGCUCUGUGAUAACACUUUCACACCUAGCAGUGCCAAAAUUAGAAGAAUCAAAGGGAUGCAUUGUUAACGUUUCUAGCGUAUCUGGUAACAACUCGUUUCCUGGAAUUCUCUCCUACUCCAUCAGCAAGGCGGCCAUAGAGCAAUUCACCAGGAACGCCGCUGUGGAACUCGGUAAAAAGGGUAUCCGCGUCAAUUGUGUCGCACCAGGUGUGGUGGUGACGGAGCUACACCGUACUGCAGGUUUCUCGGACUCGGAGUACGCAAGCUUCCUGAUGCGCGCGCGAUCCAACAACCUGAUGGGGGCGACUGGCGAGGCGGAUGAUGUAGCUCGCGCCAUUGCCUUUCUCGCUGCGCCCGCUACUGGCGCUUUCAUUACCGGUGAGACGAUCUUUGUCGACGGAGGAUGGUCAAAAGUGUGCCCUCGCUAG